AUGCCUGCUCUCCUCGAGCAAGACGCCGCUCCGCCCGGUCGUCUCCUCCUGCUGUCGAACCGUUUGCCCAUCACCAUCAAGCGCGAGGAAGAUGGCAACUAUCAAUUCUCCAUGUCCUCUGGCGGUCUCGUCACUGGCCUCAGCGGCCUGUCCAAAACCACAAGCUUCCAGUGGUACGGCUGGCCUGGCCUCGAGGUUCCCGAGGCAGAAGUUGCUGGCAUGAAGCAGCGCCUCAAGGACGAGUACGGCGCCCACCCCGUCUUCGUCGACGACGACCUCGCCGACCGCCACUACAACGGCUUCUCCAACUCGAUCCUCUGGCCCCUGUUCCACUACCACCCCGGCGAGAUUACCUUUGACGAGAGCGCCUGGGCUGCGUACCAAGAGGUCAACCGCCUCUUCGCUAAGACGGUAAUCAAGGACGUCCAGGACGGCGAUCUGAUCUGGGUCCACGACUAUCACCUCAUGCUGUUGCCCGAGAUGCUGCGUGAGGAGAUGGGAAACUCCAAGAAGAAUGUCAAAAUUGGCUUCUUCCUGCACACACCCUUCCCCUCCUCUGAAAUCUACCACUAUGCUCGUCACUUCCUGUCCAGCUGCUCCCGCAUUCUCUCAACACCGACGACACCCAACGGAGUCGAGUUUAAGGGCCGCUUCGUCACCGUCGGUGCCUUCCCCAUCGGCAUCGACCCCGAGAAGUUUGUCGAGGGCCUCCAGAAGCCCGUCGUCCAGAGGCGCAUCGAGGCCCUGAAGCGCAAGUUUGAGGGCGUCAAGCUCAUCGUCGGUGUCGACCGACUCGAUUACAUCAAGGGCGUGCCCCAGAAGCUUCACGCCCUCGAGGUCUUCCUCACGGAGCACCCCGAGUGGAUCGGCCGCAUCGUCCUCGUCCAGGUGGCGAUCCCAUCACGCCAGGACGUCGAGGAGUACCAGAACCUCCGCGCCGUCGUCAACGAGCUCGUCGGCCGCAUCAACGGCCGCUUCGGCACCAUUGAGUUUAUGCCGAUCCACUUCCUCCACCAGUCCGUCUCCUUCGAGGAGCUGACGGCCCUGUACGCCGUCUCGGACGUUUGCCUCGUCUCCUCGACCCGCGACGGCAUGAACCUCGUCUCGUACGAGUACAUCGCCACGCAGCGCGAGCGCCACGGCGUCAUGGUCCUCUCCGAAUUCACCGGCGCCGCCCAGUCCCUGUCCGGCUCCCUCAUCGUCAACCCCUGGAACACCGAGGAGCUCGCCAACGCCCUCCACGACGCCGUCACCAUGUCCCCCGAGCAGCGCGAGGCCAACUACAAGAAGCUCGAGCGCUACGUCUUCAAGUACACCUCGGCCUGGUGGGGCCAGUCCUUCGUCAACGAAAUGACCCGCCUCUCCUCCGACGCGAGCCAUCAGCCCAAGGCCAUUGGCAACGUCGCCGGCAGCGUUGCCGCCGGCGCCCAGGCCGUCAAGGGCGCCGUCGAGGGCAUCUUCAACAGCGAGGACGCCAAGGCGGAAGCCGAAAAGGAGGCUGCGUAA